UUGGUGGGACUUUCACGUGCUUACCUUCUUCCUCUCGAUUCAAUCAGGUGAAACUGAAGAAAUAUCUCUAUUUAAGACGCUUCCUAAACUUGCCAUGGAAAACGCAAUCCCAUCCCAUUCUCAUCCCGCCCACUGCUACUGGUUCUUCAUCCUCAUCCUCAGCUAUGGCAGCAGCCCCACCGCCAACGUUAGGAGCCAAGGCAGCGUGCGUGAUCGGCGGCACCGGCUUCGUGGCAGCCACGCUCAUCAAGCUGCUCCUCGAGAAGGGCUACGCCGUCAACACCACCGUCAGGGACCCUGACAAUAAGAAGAAGAUCUCCCACCUCCUAACCAUGAAGAGUUUGGGCAGCUUGAAUAUCUUCCAAGCAGAACUAACCGAUGAAAAGAGCUUCGAUGCACCCAUUGCAGGAUGUGACCUGGUCUUCCAAGUUGCAACACCCGUGAACUUUGCUUCUGAAGAUCCAGAGAAUGACAUGAUAAAGCCGGCUAUCCAAGGUGUGGUUAAUGUUCUGAAAGCCUGCGCCAAAGCAGGAUCCGUUAAGCGGGUUGUCUUAACAUCAUCAGCGGCUGCUGUGACAAUCAAUCAGCUAAAUGGAACUGGCCUGGUCAUGGAUGAGAGCCACUGGACCGAUGUCGAGUUUCUGAGUACCGUGAAGCCCCCCACUUGGGGUUAUCCUGCAUCAAAGACACUAGCUGAGAAAGCAGCUUGGAAGUUUGCCCAAGAAAACAACAUUGACCUUGUAACCAUCAUCCCCGCUCUUAUGUCUGGCCCUUCUCUUACUGUUGACCCGCCCAGCAGUAUGGGUCUUGCCAUGUCCUUGAUCACAGGGAACGAAUUCCUCAUAAAUGCAUUGAAAGGUAUGCAGAUGCUGUCAGGGUCCAUCUCCAUUGCCCAUGUGGAGGAUGUUUGCCGCGCCCACAUAUUUGUUGCAGAGAAGAAGUCGGCUUCUGGACGAUACAUUUGCUGUGCUGUCAAUACCAGUGUUCCAGAGCUUGCCAAGUUCCUGAGCAAGAGAUACCCACAGUACAAUGUUCCCACUGACUUCGGGGAUUUCCCUUCCAAGGCAAAGUUGGUUUUGUCGUCUGACAAGCUUACCAAAGAGGGAUUCAGCUUUCAGUAUGGAAUAGAAGAUAUCUACGACCAAUCUGUGGAGUACUUCAAGGCCAAGGGGAUUUUGAAGAACUAAAGAAUCCUUAGAUUAAUCAUUAUAUACAUUGUAGCAGCUAUCUUGGCACGAAAUGCAGCUUUCCCUUCCUACAUGUGUCGAGCUUUCAUCUAGCAAUGCUUUUGCUUUGUUGUAUGGGUACUGUUGAAUGACACAUCUACUUUAGUAGCUUUGAAUAA